AUGGCUUUUGGAAAAAGAACUGGUAAAAUACCUACUGGAAGUGAUGAGGAAGAUUACAUGGAAGAACUGAACACUGAAAAGGACGGCAAGAAUGAAACGGUGGACCCUUGCCUGCGGCUGGAGUGUGGGCCGUGGGCUCAGUGCCAGAUGGCGUCGGGAGUGGCGUCGUGCGUGUGCCUGCCCUGCCCGGCUCACCACAACUCGCGCGGCCCCGUCUGCGGCUCGGACGGCCGCGACUACGACUCCGAGUGCCAGCUGCGCGCCGCCGCCUGCCGCCAAGGCCUCGACGACCUCUAUCUGCGACACCGCGGCACAUGUGUGGUUCCAGAUGCUUGCAGAGGAGUGGUUUGCGAGGAACCCGCCGCUGUGUGCCAUCACGGGGUAUGCACUUGCAAGACCAGCUGCCCUCACGACGACCCUAAGCAGCGCCUCUGUGGCAGCGACGGACGCACAUACGACAGCGAGUGCGAGCUGCAGCUGGCGUCCUGUCUUCGGCCACGAGGACAGCACCCCAUCACCGUGGCCUCCCUGGGCGAUUGCAGAGACGUCAACGCCGAGGAGGAUCGGCAGAUGGUUAAUGCUCCCGCCUGCCAAACAUCGCCAUUCGGAUGCUGCCCGGACGGUGAGACACCUGCAGACAAUGGCUGUCCACCACCAGGGACAGAAGAUGACAGCGACAAGUGUGGCUGCAAACGAAUCGCGUGCGAUUGCUCGCCACUGGGGUCGGCGCGAGAAGACUGCGAGCAGAUGACGGGGCGGUGUGCGUGCAGACCCGGCGUGCUGGGCCUCAAGUGCACCAGCUGCGCAGACGCUGGCCGCGUACUCACACUCGCCGGCUGCCUCACAGAGCGUGUCAGUGAAACAAUUUUUAUGGUUGCAACAAGGGCGUCAUCAAGUUUGACAGUGAAUCGGUAA